CUGAGGGAUCCUGAGAGACAGACAGACAGAGAGACAGAGAGAGGACAGGGGGACCCACCGAAAGAGAUCAUGCUGUGAGGAGAACUGCUCAGGGAAAGCUCAAUCAGGUCAUUUUUACCCCCUCAUCAUCUGUAUCCUGAAAGUGUCCGGAGUGGGAUCUGUCCUGGUGUGAGGGGACUCUGCAGCACCAUGGGAGCCUCCAGUGACAAGACGUCUCUCCUCUCCAGGCUGCUGCUGUUCACGCUGUGUGUCGUCUCCUCUCUCUGCCAGGAGGAAUAUUCAGGAUACCACUCAGGUGAGGACCACACCUAUGAAGGCUCCCUGGUGGACCAGUAUGACAACUUAGCCUCCCCUCAGCCCGAGUAUCCACCUGAGCCGACUCGCAGCUACGACGACGACGACCAGAGGCCAGAGGAGGGGGACUACGACCCUUAUGGCCCCGCCCCCACUCAGGUCACCAUGAUCACUGAGGACGCCUUCCCCUACGCCACCACCACCGAGUCCCACUACGCCAAGGAGGACACAGAGACCAUGCAGGUCCCGUAUGAGUAUCCUCCAGAAGGUCCAGACACGGACUCCUCCGAGGAGUCUGGGCUCAAUGAAGGCCUGGAGGAGGGGCCGACAGAGUGUGACUGUGAGCCCGGGGAGCCUGGCUUCGCUGGCUUUGCAGGACCAAAGGGAUCCAGAGGUCUGCAGGGUAAGACUGGAGUGCCAGCAGCUCAGGGCAGAGAGGGUUAUAAAGGAACCAAAGGGGUCCGAGGAAGAGGAGGAGACACUGGACCUGUGGGCGACCCCGGGCUCGAAGGAGACGAUGGAGCGUCUGGUUUCUCUGGAGCGAUGGGAGAACCAGGACUUCCAGGAGACCCAGGAGAGCAAGGAGUGCUGGGUCUCAAGGGUGACAUCGGCAUGGAGGGACCCCGAGGAGGAGUGGGAGAUCGUGGUGAGACUGGUCGUCAUGGUGAUGCUGGACCUUCUGGACCAAAGGGAGGGAAAGCUAUCAAGGGGUCUCACGGUGACGAGGGGAAGGAGGGUCCUCAGGGACGAGACGGACAGAAGGGUCAGAUCGGAGCUCCAGGGUUCCCAGGUGACGUCGGCGACAGAGGAUACAAUGGUUAUCCUGGACAGCCGGGACCCUUCGGACCCUCUGGACCAAAGGGCACUCAAGGCCAGGACGGCAUGCCCGGCAGUGAUGGUGACCCCGGAGAAGAUGGUCCUAUAGGAGUCCCGGGUGUGAUAGGAGACCCUGGACAGUUUGGUCCCAAGGGCAGUAAGGGCGAUCAGGGAGUGAGAGGACGUCGAGGCCGAGUGGGCGCUGUGGGGGCCGUGGGGGAGCAAGGGGAUGCUGGAGUACCAGGAAAACCGGGAGUGAAGGGUCUGCAGGGCUCCACUGGGGCCAAAGGUGAGACGGGACCUGACGGCGAGAAGGGUGUUUCUGGAAGGAAAGGAAUUAAAGGAGCCAAAGGACUUAAGGGAAGUGUUGGAGACGGUGGAGACAAAGGACAGCGAGGGCCCAAAGGUGCAGUCGGUGGUACCGGCGUCCCCGGCCCCGUGGGACCGCCUGGCAUCCCAGGGACCAGAGGAGAGCGCGGCACCAUCGGUGACCUGGGAGUUAAAGGCAAGGCGGGAGCAAAAGGUGUUCCAGGGCCCACUGGUCCUGGUCUGACGGACGAGCAGGUCCUGCAGCUCUGCAAAGGUGUAGUCACGGCCCAGAUCUCCCAGUACGCCUCCUCCAUCCGCGCCAAGUGCUCCCAGGGCUGCCCCAUCAACAACCGCACACUCAUCGGGCCCCCAGGAGCCCAAGGGUCCAUGGGAUCAGCGGGGAAGUCUGGUAAAGCAGGUAAAGCUGGAGCUAAAGGAGCCCGAGGAGCUCAAGGUGACCGGGGACUGGAGGGACAGAAAGGAGCGCCGGGUAAAAGAGGUCAAAAAGGAGCCAAAGGCCUCGCAGGUGCUCCAGGUAAAGGUCUGCCAGGACCUGAUGGACCUCAAGGCCUCAGAGGUUUGCCGGGACACCCAGCAGAACCCAAAAACGGCAUGGAGGGUCCCCUAGGUCCCCGUGGUUUCCCCGGUCCAGUCGGUCAGACCGGCAUGCUCGGGAUCGCAGGUGUGCCGGGAUUUUGUGAGGCCCGUGACUGCAGCAUUCACGCACCGGUGAUGCGUAAAGAGCAGGGUCUGGUGAAAGGACCGGUCAGUUUAAAGUUCUGAACCUGAACGUGAACAAAAAGGACUUCUGUGGGAUUCUAGAGGGUCCGAGAUUCUCCAUGUGGCAACUUCCUCCAAAUCCAUUCGAGUUCACAUAAGAGCUGGUUCCAUGCGUAACUGAGAAAAUUGCUAAAUUUGUGGGGUUAAUUUGUUUGACAUCUGGAUCGUUUCUACCCUUUAAUGACUGAUGUUGAAAAUGUCAGUGGCUCCAGUAUUGUACCGUGGGGAACUCCGCUGGGUGCAAAGUUUGGUAAGAAAUGGAUAAAUGUUCAGGAAUAAACCAGAAAAUACUUUUUUAAUCAUGCCAGACAAACUUUCCUUUAAAAUUUUAGAGGUUUCAUUCUUCAGAAAGGAUUAAGUACUUUCAGAAUUGACCAUGAAUAAAUGCGUCUAAAGUAAUAUUUGGUAAAAACGCUGAAAAUUCCCCUGAAACUUUCCUCCAUGUUGGUUUUUCAUUCUUUUUUUCUGGCUAAGUCACAUAAAAAAAUUAUCUGUAAAUAUUUUGUAAAGUAAGUCAAACACAUGUACUGUACUCUGAAAUAUGUUUCAGAUAAACUGACGUUUUUUAAUCUGA